AUCGAGGGUUUCUCUCAUCUCUCUCUUUCUCUUUCUAGGUUUCCGAUCGCUGGUGCUCUAUCGCGGCCGUCUCCUCCCUCUUUCUCCGAUAGCCGGCGGCGUCCUCAGCUUGGAUCAGUCCGGUGAGCUGUUGUGGUGUUUCUAUGUUACCCAGCGUUGUUGGAAACCCUAGAUCGGAUGAGAUGGCCGGAUUGCUGCGGAUCUGAGGACUGGGAUGGCGUCGGCGCUGCUGGCGAGUCGGAAUGAGCCGUACUGGGGGGAGACGAAAGUGUACAUGAGGAAAAACCCUAACCCUAACCCUAACCCUAGCAUCCAUAACCAUUACAACAACCCUGGUUUUUUGCUCGACGGUGGGCAUGAGAACCACCAUCAGACUCGGCAGAUGGAGCCGGAUGAGAUCGCUGCUGGAGCAGCCUCUGUCUCUGAUGACUCGUCAUCGCUGAGCCGGCGCCCUGCCGGCCCUGGCCGGAAUCGAGACUCUUCUGUUGGUCAUAUCUCCUUCAACCUAGCAAGCUACUCCAGAAGAGAGUUAAGGGAGCUGAAAAGAAGGCUCGUCUCGGAGCUCGAGCGGGUCCGGAGCGUCGCUAGCCGGAUCGACGCUUCGGCUAGGUCUGGCGGAUACCAUACGCGGGAACCCAUAUCGGGAUCGGAUUCCAAGAAGGCGAAGAAGCCAGCUCCUGGAUCGGAGGCGGAGAAGCUCUUGUCGGGCAUGAUGAAGAAGUGCGGCCAGAUCCUGAGCAAGUUGAUGAAGCACAAGGGCGCCAUCUGGUUCAAUACCCCCGUCGAUGUGGUGGGGAUGGGCCUCCACGACUAUCAUCAGAUCAUUAAGAACCCCAUGGAUCUCGGCACUGUGAAGACAAAGCUUAACAAGGGCAUGUACCAAGGCCCGCCAGAGUUUGCGGCUGAUUUAAAGCUGACCUUUGAGAACGCCCUUCUCUAUAACCCGGAAGGGCAUGAAGUGCAUCGUGUUGCUUCUCAGCUUCUGAAGAUCUUUGAGGGGCUUUAUUACCCUUCUUAUGAAAAGUAUGAGAAGCAAUGGAAUGCUAUUUGCAGGGUAGAAGAGGAAGAGGAGCUGAAGAGAGGAAUUGGGAAUUCCUGGUCUCCAGUGACAGAUUACACAAGGAGAGCCGAGCCUAUCACUUCAGCAGCGCCCCCUCCGCCAAAUCCAGCCCCCAUAGCCCCUGCUUAUGGCAAGCAAUUGCAGCAGCCACCGCCCCUGCAGCAACAGCAGCAGCAGCAACAGCAGCAGCAGCAACAGCAACAAAUGGGCGGACUGGGGAGGGUUAGCACGGUGAAGCAACCUAAACCCAAGGCGAAGGACCCCAAUAAGAGGGCGAUGACGCUGGACGAGAAGCAGAAGCUGAGCCUUGGUCUACAGAGCUUGCCAGAUGAGAAGAUGGAGCAUGUGAUCCAGAUUGUGAGAAGGCGGAACGGGGACCCAAUGCAGCAUGGGGAUGAGAUUUUACUUGAUUUUGAAACAAUGGAUAAUGAGACUCUUUGGGAAUUGGAUCGGUUCGUUGGCAAUUGCAAGAAGAUGAUGAGCAAGAUGAGAAGGCUCGAGGCCUUGGCGGGAGCAAAUGCUACGGCAGCUGGUGGAGCUUCCACUGCACCGGCCUCCGCGCAUGCGGAUGAUGGUGAUAAGUCACCAACGGCAGCCAAGAGGAGCAAGAAAGGAGAGACUGGUGAUGAGGAUGUGGACAUUGGUGAUGAGAUGCCAUCCCUGCAUUACCCAUCAGUGGAGAUUGAGAAAGAUACAGGCAAUGCCAGUAGCUCGAGUAGUUCUGGCAGUGAUUCGUCCUCUUCUUCUAGUGACUCGGAUUCAGGGAGCUCGUCCGAUAGUGAUUCUGGAGGGGGAGAAGAUGAGGCGCAGUCUCCAGGAGGAGCAGCACCAGACUCCAGGCCAUCUCUCCCGUAAAGCGUGCAGGUUGUGUUGCGUUUGUUUCCAUUCACGGUUGGGGCUCUGCUCUAGGAUUUUAGAAUUAUGAUUUUUUUUUUCUUUUUUCUUUUUUGGGUUUUUUGUUUUGUUAGUAAGGAGGGGUGGUUGGGGGUAAUGAAAAUGUGAUUUUUAGAGAAUGGUAGCGGUAGCUUCUUUCUAAGCAGAGAUCAAGCGAGAGUGAGAGUAGUAGUAGUAGUAGUGGUAGAUAGAGAGUAGAAGAGUGAUAGGAGAAGGGAUUGGGUGACUAAUGCUACACAGGAGGAGUUUGCUUUGUAUUAUAUAUGUAAAAAGUGGGAAAAGGAGAAGAGAAAAAAAGGUUUUUUUUUUUUUUAAUUUUCUUUAAAGAAGCGAAACAUCUAUGAGCUUUUGUUCUCUUUCUUCA